AUGGCCGAUCCCGUGCUGCAGUUGUUAGAAAUUGAGCUGCUCGGGGAGAACCCAGAUGCGUACACGAGCCAGUUUCAGUGGCGAAUGCGCAUGGAGGCGGCGGCGAGUUUGCCCGACGCCGUCUCCGUCUCCUUCGUGUGGGUCGGCAGCGCUUCGUCGUCACAGUACGACCAGGUGCUCGACGACUUCGAAGUUGGACCGCUGGAGCAGGGUGUCACGGAGUUCACCCUAGAAUGCGAUGCCCCACAGAUGGAGCUCGUGCCCACGGAGGAUGUGCUAGGCGUGACAAUUUUGCUCAUCUCGUUUCAGUACCGAAGGCAGGAGUUUCUGCGCGUGGGCUACUACACCCAAGUAGCAUACUUUGAUGCGCAGCUUAACCAGAACCCCCCGCCGCUGCCGCAGCGCGAGUUGCUCGGUAGAUUUGUUGCCAUGCCUCAACCAGCUGUCACGGUUACCCCGAUUGAAUGGGGUUCAUAUGGGCCACAGCCAGCGACCUAG